AUGGAUGUCGAGGUAAUUUCUCCACUGGACACCCCAGUGUGGUCCCUUCUGAAGACCGUCUUUGCGUCGAUUCUCGAGGUUUUCUUGCUGUGCAUUGCAGGAUACAUUCUUGCGUCGCAUGGAAUUCUCGAUAAAAAGACGCAGAAGCAACUGAACAGACUCAACGUAUCGCUCUUUACUCCGUGUUUGUUGUUCUCAAAAGUGGCUUUCUUCCUGUCUCCAGCCAAAUUAAGGGAACUAUGGAUCAUCCCAAUUUUCUUCACUGUUGUCACCCUGGUGUCAAUGUCGAUAGCGUUCGUCCUUGGAUGGAUGUUUCGCUUGAAACGGUCACAAAGGAGUUUUGCGAUGGCUGCAGCGAUGUUCAUGAACUCUAAUUCUCUCCCUAUCGCUUUGAUGCAGAGUCUUGUUGUCACGGUGCCCGGCCUGAAAUGGGGGACUGGCGAUAACAAAAAUGCGAUGGUUGGUCGCGCUCUGACAUACUUGGUAUUAUAUAGUACCUUAGGAAUGGUGGUACGGUGGAGCUAUGGUGUGAGGUUACUAGCACAUGCAGAUGAGGUCAAUCCAGGCUCGGAAGUCAACGAACGCAGCCCAUUGCUCGAAACCUUCAGCGAAGCCGCCACUCGCGAUGCCGGAAAUGAUGUUCUUGUGGACACACCGCCACUUUCCACGACUCGUAGCCUUCGGCCGCCGAAACCACACAGACGCACAACGUUUUACAAAUCGUUCCCGAAUUCACCGAAUGAGUCUCAGGCGGAAUUGCCCUCGUUAGAGUCUACGCCAGCCUCUGCGCCCGAUUCGGAAUCGGACGACUCCUACGAUGAAGAGAACCCGAGCCCAACCCGUCGUGCCCACACCCUGCACUCUUCCAAUUCGGGCAUGAUGUUCUUACGACGCGCUCGGCGCCGCAUAGCGCGGUCUUGGGCAGAGUUCAACGAGUUUAUGACAGUUCCGCUUUGGGCUGCGCUAGCCUCUUUGAUCGUCGCGUGCAUUCAGCCUUUGCAACAUCUCUUGGACAUGCACAUGCAGCCGGUCAAAUUCGCCCUAACAUCGGCGGGAAACUGCUCUAUUCCGCUGACCCUCAUCGUGCUAGGAGCCUACUUCUACCCUAAUCAAGAACAAACGACGCCUACCUCAGAGAACGGCGUACGAGCAACGGACUCAUCUGCCACGCUGACCGCCACUCCUUCGUCGAGUUCACUGUUCAAUAAUGUUCGCGAUUUGUUCAAGAAAGGGCGUCAUGCCGACGGAGGGAGCACGCCGAGAGGAUACUUGGCUAACCUGCAGCGCGCUGGUGAAACCAAAACCGUAGUAAUCGCAGUGGCAGCAAGAAUGAUCCUGACACCCUUGUGUUUACUCCCGGUGAUGGCGAUUGGUGCGAGAUACGACUCUCCGAAGGUUUUCGAUGAUCCGGUGUUCGUCGUCGCUAAUGUCUUGUUGAUAUCCUCUCCUCCCGCGCUGACCCUCGCCCAGAUAACGCAAGCAGCUUCAGGCGAUGCUUUCGAGCGACUGAUCAGCCGAACAAUCUUCUGGUCGUAUUGUGUGGUCACGCCACCGGCGACGAUAGCAUAUGUAGUCAUAGGUUUGAUACUCGCGAAGCUGUAA